CCGUCGUGAUGGUGGCAGAUCGUGCACGCGCUAAAUCCGUAAUGGCUGCCCUAGAUCGGCGGAUUUCGAUCCUUGAUUUUGUAGGGCAAAGCUGGACAGCAUUGCUCGACAGAGCGGGCGUAUUCAACCCGGAGGGGUCCUCUCUUGAAGAGUGCAGCAAAAAUGUGAAGAAAAGGAUGGAAACCAUAACUCUCAGGAAAGAGGACAUGUGUAUAUAUGGCCACUGCCCAGCACAUGAUGACUUCUUUCUGGUGGUGUGCAGCCACUGUGGGCAGGUAGUAAAACCACAGGCUUUUGAGAAGCACUGUGAGCGGCGACAUGGGCCCUUGAGCAAACUAUGCAGCACUCCGUCCAACUGCUCUUCUGACCGGCCCCAACAGGGGAGACCCCCCUCGCAGCACGGCAGCCUAUGUGGGGGUCAAGACAGCAGGAGCCAGGAUCCUGGACCCCCAAAAGUCCCACCACCCCACUCUCCCCACCAGGGAUGCUCCAAACCACUUAAUGAAGCACCAAGUCUUCAGCAGGUGGAUAAAGUUUUCCAUGGAACCCCUCCAUCACCUCCACAUUUUUCCACUCCCAGUCGCAGAAACCUGCCCUGGCAUCAGGGGCCAAGCCCACCAAAAGCACCCUCACCAGCUGAGAAACCACUCCAGAAGAGUUUGGACUCCCACACUCCCCCGCAUGGACCAAGAACUUACAGCAGAAUUUACAAGAAAGUCCUUCAGAAAGAAUGUGACUUGGACAAGCACUGUGGGGUGAUGGAUUCUGAAAGAAAGAAAGUGUGCACCAGACUGCUUACGUGUAAUAUUCAUUCCAUCCAUCAGCGUCGGCAGGUGGUAGGGAGGAGUAAAGCCUUUGACCAGCUUGUAAUGGAGCUGAAGAUGAGCUCAAAGUCUCGAGAGCGCCCCCCUCUGCCCAGAGAGGUUCCCGAAGGAGACCUUGCCCACCCUGAGCCCUUUGGGUCUCAGAUUGGGCCUCUGCACUACGCACACCAAACAACUAACUCUAUUCUCAGGUCCAUGAGUCCAUUAGACAGUAAUAUAGAUAUAGAGAAGCAGAAGAUGCACUCUGAAGAGGUGCUUUUUGGAGCCCAGGUGGAGUCUGUUUCAGCUAGUCUCUCCAGUGAGGAGAGUGAUGGGGAGAACCAUGAGGAAUUUGCUCAUCUACCUGCUAGCACCUGGCACCCUAAACCCCUGGGGCUUUGCACCUUUGGGGCACGUGUACUGGGACACAGUGUGUUAGUGUUUGACCGACGGCUGCUCCACCUGCGGUCAGCAUUCACUGUAAUGAUGGAGCAGCACCUUAGCACUUAUUUGUGGAAGAAAAUCCCUCAGGUGUCAGAGCUAUGUUCUGAUCAACCGUCAUUCAUUACAAAAUCCUACAAUUCCCAUGAUGCCAUGCGCCGCGCAGUACCUGCUUGCAGUGCCUCUUCUCUCAGGAUUAGCACCUCAGGACAAACAGAGUUGCCAACAAAACCCCAGUCAGCCUCAGGUCCUGGCCAGCCCUGUAACCCAAUGGGCCGGCCCAGCAAACAGGCCUUGCAGACCAGAUUCAGGGAGCUUCAGGAGAGUCCUGUGGCCAGAAAGCGGCGGAAAUCUCCCCAAGAGGUUGAGGACUCGCCUGGACAGGGCAAGAUCUCAUACACCCCUCACCACGGGGACUACCAGACCUCCUUAGCCAGAGCUACAAUUUGCUCUCCACAUGGACCAUUCAAUGGUGCGCUCACACCUGGCAGCAAACCCCGGCAAUCGGUAAAUGCCACUGAAACAAAGGGGCUGAUCAAGCAAAGUCACAUCCAUAAGUCAACCCAUAUCUCCCCCUCUCCUUCCCCAGAGUCAGAUAAGGGAGGAUCCUCAGGGCUGAAUCAAAGGGCUGUUGGGUAUGAACUCAAAGGCCUUGGCAGGAAACGUAAGACCAGUGGUGCCUCUCCUCCCAAAAACAUUUCAUGUGUCCCAAAACCAAACAUCCUCUCCUCUUUCUCCCAAACCCACUCCAGUCGGGUGUCCUGGGGUGGGGAUGGUAGACCAGGAUCAACCCAAAUUCUGCAAAAGAAACUGGGUGCACAGAAGCCAAAGCUUCUUCACUGAGGGACUGCCUUAAACUCUUUCAGAAGCACAGACUGACUGCCAUGUAAUUUGCCGCUGAAUUUAUGCACAGGAUGCUGGAAGUGUUUGCAGUUCACUGUAGCAGGAUGUAUCUGUACGCUUGUGUGUAUGUGUUUUGUAUCCUGAAUUUAUAUGUGAGUGAAUGUAUAUUGUGGAUUACCUGCAAUUGAGUAUGAAAUAUACCUCAAGAUUUUCCUUAUGCUGCUAAACUGACUGUCAGAUAAUUAACUUUGAAAUAAAUAUGCCA